UAUUUGGUUUAACUUUUUUGUCCUUUUGGACACGCCCUUCCAGAGCUGAUGUUUUAUGGAGCAUCUCCUUGAGCAAUGGACAUACUGGGUUGGGUCAAGCCUAAAAGCAGAAAAACCUUCAGAAUCUGAAAGGGGUCUUGCUUCAAAUGUUAAAAUGCAAUGUUAAGUCCCCUUCCAAAUGGCUAAAUAGCUUUCUGUGGGGGAUCUGAGACAACUUUCUUAGUGAAGCUCUCUUCAGUUCAUCUUCAAUGUAAACUUUAAUUUUCAUGUUGACCUUCUUUGCUUCAGCAAUACCUUGUCUUCCACCUCCUGAUAUCACCCAUGGAUCCCGUACUGGUCAGAGUGAACAAGAGUUUUCCUUUGGCUCAGCGGUAACUUACAAAUGUGACCAGGGCUUCUCUCUUAUUGGAGAUGCCUCCAUUCAUUGUACAACGAAAGAUCAUGACAACGGAGAGUGGAGUGGGCCUGCCCCUGAAUGCAAAGAAAGACCAUGUAAACAACUAGAACUAGAAAAUGGCAGGGUUCAUUUCACGGAUCUCCGGUUUGGUGCAACAGCAAACUUCUCCUGUAAUGAAGGGUACAGAUUAAAUGGACCGACUUCUGCCCAAUGUGUGGUUGUGGGAAAUGGAGUUGAUUGGGAUAAAGAGCUUCCACUUUGCGAAGCAAUAUCUUGUCCUCCACCUCCUGAUAUCACCCAUGGAUCCCAUACUGGUCAGACUGUACAAGAGUUUUCCUUUGGCUCAGCGGUAACUUACAAAUGUGACCAGGGCUUCUCUCUUAUUGGAGAGGCCUCCAUUCAUUGCACAACGAAAGAUCAUGUCAAUGGAGAGUGGAGUGGGCCUGCCCCUGAAUGCAAAGCGAUUACUUGUUCUCCUCCUCCUAAUAUUGCCAAUGGGAUACACAAUGGCAGCAAUGUGGAAAUCUUUGACUGUAACUCAUCGGUAACUUACAAAUGUGACCAUAAUUUCUCACUUACUGGCGAGGCCUCCAUUCACUGUACAACUAAAGAUAACAUCAAUGGGGUCUGGAAUGGGUCUGCCCCUGAAUGCAAAGAAAUGGAAUGUAAACCAUUAGAACUAGAAAAUGGCAGGGUUCAUUUCACGGAUCUCCGGUUUGAUGCAACAGCAAACUUCUCCUGUAAUGAAGGGUACAGAUUAAUUGGACCGACUUCUGCCCAAUGUGUGGUUGUGGGAAAUGGAGUUGAUUGGGAUAAGGAGCUUCCACUUUGCGAAGCAAUACCUUGUCUUCCACCUCCUGAUAUCACCCAUGGAUCCCGUACUGGUCAGAGUGAACAAGAGUUUUCCUUUGGCUCAGUGGUAACUUACAAAUGUGGCCAGGGCUUCUCUCUUAUUGGAGAGGCCUCCAUUCAUUGUACAACGAAAGAUCAUGUCAACGGAGAGUGGAGUGGGCCUGCCCCUGAAUGCAAAGAAAUGGAAUGUAAACCACUAGAACUAGAAAAUGGCAGGGUUCAUUUCACGGAUCUCCGGUUUGGUGCAACAGCAAACUUCUCCUGUAAUGAAGGGUACAGAUUAAUUGGAACAACUUAUGCCCAAUGUGUGGUUGUGGGAAAUGGAGUUGAUUGGGAUAAGGAGCUUCCACUUUGCGAAGCAAUACCUUGUCUUCCACCUCCCGAUAUCACCCAUGGUUCCCGUACUGGUCAGAGUGAACAAGAGUUUUCCUUUGGCUCAGUGGUCACUUACAAAUGUGGCCAGGGCUUCUCUCUUAUUGGAGAGGCCUGCAUUCAUUGUACAACGAAAGAUCAUGUCAACGGAGAGUGGAGUGGGCCUGCCCCUGAAUGCAAAGAAAGACCAUGUAAACAACUAGAACUAGAAAAUGGCAGGGUUCAUUUCACGGAUCUCCGGUUUGGUGCAACAGCAAACUUCUCCUGUAAUGAAGGGUACAGAUUAAUUGGACCAAUUUCUGCCCAAUGUUUCAUGUUGAUAUUCUUUGCUUCAGAAAUACCUUGUCGUCCACCUCCUGAUAUCACCCAUGGAUCCCAUACUGGUCAGACUGUACAAGAGUUUUCCUUUGGCUCAGCAGUAACUUACAAAUGUGACCAGGGCUUCUCUCUUAUUGGAGAGGCCUCCAUUCAUUGUACAACUAAAGAUUAUGUCAAUGGAGAGUGGAGUGGGCCUGCCCCUGAAUGCAAAGCUAAGUGUGAUCACCAUCAAAGGCGCCGUCGUGACAUCCCCCCUGAUACUAAUGGCAGAGAAGUGAAAUACAGGUGCAGUGAUGGCUCUGUUAAAAACCCUGGUAAGUCAGAUACACUUUGCCUUUCAAACUCUGAGUGGUCAACCAUUGGAGAGUUUUGUGGUUGUAAGUAUUUUAUUUUCUCUGGAACAAAUCUGCUGGGGCCACCUUUCGCUGAUGGAAAUGUCAGACUUUCCCCCACUGAAUAGGUCUACUCAAAAUUAGCUUUAAUAACUAGUUUGAAGUUCCUUGUUGGAUCAGUGACAAUAUACAAUUAACCUGCUUAUUCAAUAAUCUUGUUGCAAAGCAAUCUGGGAACAUCUAUCAGUGAGACGACUUGUGCUGGAUUCAGGAAUGUGCGGUUUAGAUCAACAAGAAUGGGAAAUAAUUUUAUAUUUGAGUUUCCACUCAGAAAUAGGUGAGGAUGCCUCCAUCCUCGGGAUGCUCAUACAGCUUUCCUGCAUCACCUGGCAAAUAUGAAAUAAAGCUGUUUCAGAGAUGAUUUACCUGCAUAGUACCACUCGUAUUACAAUAUUUCAUAAAGGUCCCAGCCAAUGGGAGCUGCGGGGGUGGUGCCUGCAGGAGAGACCGGUGUGGAGCUGCUUGCGUACCUCCACCUAGGAGCCGGACCUGCUGCUGGCCACUUCCGGGGCGCAGCAUGGUCCGCGGUGCCAGAACAGGCAUGAACCA